UUGCUCAUAUAACUCGUGCAUUCUUAACUGAGCAAACCGCGAUCAAGAAAAAUGUGACAGAUCUAUUCGGGAUAACCUUAAAAUACCUACAAACAUUUAUUUAUAAUGAUGUUUUAAAUGAUAUCGCCAGGAAUACAGCUAACAUGUAUCUCGGCAAACUAAAAACUAAUUCGAAUAUCGCAUGGCACAGACCGCAGUCGGCCGGCUCUCGGGUCGAAGAGGAGCUGAUGCAAAAGAGUGCCCGGGCCCUCUCCAACACGACCGACCCUCUGGAGAAGCUGCGCCUACUGUGUCUGUCGCGCGGCGCCUCCGGCAUCAUGGGGCUUGGCAGGGUUUUCCGAAGAAUGGACGACGAUGGGAGCAAGCAGCUAAAUAAAGACGAGUUCUUACACGGCAUCAAAGAAACUGGACUGGAACUUAGCGAACAGGAUGCUGACGAACUGUUUGCUAUAUUCGAUGCCGACAACAGCGGGUCCAUCAGUCUUGAUGAGUUCAUCAGGAAACUCAGACCCCCGAUGUCAGAAUCCCGCCGCGCGAUUGUGGAGCAAGCCUUCCGGAAACUGGACAAGACUGGCGACGGCACCAUCACCAUAGACGACAUCCGUGGCGUCUACUCCGUCAAAUCUAACCCUAGAUACAUGAGUGGGGAGGAGACGGCUGAUGUAAUUAUGAACAAGUUCCUCGCGAACUUCGAAACAGAAGGCACUGUCGAUGGGAAGGUGUCACUGGAGGAGUUCAUGAACUAUUACAGCGGGAUCAGCGUGUCGAUCGAUAACGACUGUUACUUCGACCUCAUGAUGCGUCAGGCAUACAAGCUUUGAGCAAACAACAUCACAUAGACGAACACCACAGCACUCCGCAACGCGCCUUCAGCGGUCAAAACUUAUUCUGUAACUUGAUUGCGUCAAAAUAGGCUAGUUUCCAACCUAGUUAGUCAAAUCAGUUACUUUUUACUAAACGUCAAAACACGAAAUUACUUUGGAAUUUGUCUGAAAACGAGAAAGAGCUUCGUUGAUAAACGUGACGAAAUUUCGGACUUAUUAUUACAUUUUUUUGUUUAAAUUCUUAAAAUUAAAUAGAAAUAUUUUUCAUCAGUUUUAGAUCUGUCUUUAUUUAGUAAUCAGAAACUACCCAAUUGGUCCAAAAUCUACAAUUAUUUCAAGAGAUUAUUGCAAUAUAUUCUUGUGAGAUCCGAAUAAGUAUUCCGAAUUUUAUCAUUUUAAUUUUUAAGCACGUUUGGACAGAAUGUAUUAAAAUUACUAUUUACAUUUAUUAAUAGUACAGCUUGAUUUUUAAUUAAAAAACAUACUUAUGCGGCUUUUACAUUCCUGCAACCUUAGGGUACAUUCCUCCCCUCUAUCAACCGAAGGGGGUUCAAAACGUGCCCCACCACUGCUCCAUUGCGGGUUGACGAAGCGUUUUUUUAUUAGUAUACCUACUAUUUUUUUUUGCAACUUGAUAAUUAUACAAGAUAUUUAGAAUAAUUUUAGUGGUCUAAAGUUACAGAGUAAACUGUGACGCUCGAUGCAUAUAGGCUGCAAUCACUAACUACCAACAAGGUGUAAGGAAAAAAUAAAAAUCCAAUAUAAUGUGUUAAUAUUCCUGCGUUUCUAGUGAGGCUUGCAACUCGUAUACCAAGCCAUGAGGCAUACAAUGGUAUCGAUUCCAGCGUUCCGAACCUAUUUUUUAGUCUAGCGCUAUCUCUUUCGUACACUAAGUGAGCGUAAAGGACGGUACUAUUUUUAAAGCUGCCAUCAAACUAUACUCCAUUACUUAGAGCUUUAUGUAAGAGAGCUUUGAGAAUAGUAUUCUUUUUCCGAUGUCUCUACUACACAAGGCUGUACAGUCACGAGCAUUAAUAUGUAUACACUUUGGUACCUUGUCACAUUAACUUUUUUGACAAAUUGAACUGUAAGUAUCACUAAAUGUCAAAUAUGUUAGUGCGACAGAGUCCUAAAGUGGGUACAUUAUAUUGCUCAUGACUGUACUAUAUUUCGGUACUGCUGUCAAAUAAAGCAAGCUAUACAGGGUGUUAGUGACAUCGUAACGAAAACUUUGAGGGAUGUUUCAGGCCAUGAUUGUGAGUUGAUAUCAAGUGGAUUUUUCCGUCAGAACAUAACAAACGACCGAACGAACGUUACUCAGAAUCAUGGUCUAAAUCAUCCCCCUCAGUAUUCGUUACGACGUCACUAACACCCUGUAUUCAACGGGGUAAAGUUUUACAGCUCUGUCUCUUUAUCUUACACUGAACGUGCGUGAAGUACGCACUAUUUUUAGAGCUGUUAUUUAAACUCUUAGUUUUUCGCUGGAAUCGAUGCCGAUUUCGUGCUUAGUUUCAUGAUAUGCUUCAUUUCAUGACAUACCUGUUUCAUGACAUGCUUGUUGCGAGACGAUCAAAGAUCUAACUUACAGUUUUAUCCACAUUUAGGAUCUAAACUUGCACAUCGCGUAAUGUUAUUUUAGAUGAUUUGAAUCUAAAUAAACCUUCUAUAACGCUAAAGGAUUUUUAAUAUUUUUUCUCCCUCCUUCUGUUCUGGAUUCAAAAAGUGCACAAUGUUUGUAUGAUUCCCAUUGUUAAUAUUAUAACAAUAUAAUAAAGUUAUUAUUGUGUGGUGCGAUAUUAUUAUGUUAAUUUCAUUAAAUGUUUAUAACCGUC